AUGAAGAAAUCAGUUAAUGAUAAAAAAUAUCUCGAUUCAGUUGAUCAUAUAAACUUUAGUCGGUUAACUACAGAUCAACACUGUGAAGAAACCCAAGCAACUCUUACAAAAUCAUCUCAUGAAGUAAUGGAGUGUAACAGAAAUCUACGCAGAGCACUGGAAUUUUUCGCUAUAGUUACACUCAUAUUGACGUUAAUUGGAAUAAUAAUUCUUAUUAUUGUGUACGUUAUAAGUCUUAAUAUUCCAGAUAUGUUUUCCGUAGUAAUUGAUGCAGGAUCAACAUCUUCAAAACUUCAUCUAUAUAAAUGGACGGAUGAACCGUUUCGAUCAAAUGGAAAAGUUACAGAAGUGGCUAGUGAUAAAGUCUCUCCAGGAAUAUCAAAUUACGUUGAUGAUGCAACAGAAGCCUAUACAGCAAUGAAACCGAAAUUGGAUAAAUUAACAUCCAGUUUGUCUAAUAAACAGAAACAAAACACACCAGUGUAUUUAGCUGCAACGGCUGGUAUGCGAUUAAAGCUAAUUGAAGAUCCUUUAGGCAGUUUAGAUUUAUUUUCAGUAAUUCGGCAGUAUUUAUUACAUUCUGGAUUACAAAUCAAAACACCAAAUGAACGUAUACGGUUAUUGUAUGGGUCUGAAGAAGGUCUUUAUGGUUGGGUGUCCGUCAAUAAUAUUUUAGGUAAUAUACAAGAGGGGAAACGUACACUACCUACUGAUACCGUUGGCUCUUUGGACCUUGGUGGAGCUAGUACGCAAAUAGCAUUUAUCCCUGAUUCUUAUCCUAAUGCUCCAAAGGAAUUAUUAGAUUUUUAUCCACUUAGAUUGUAUGGAAAUGAUUUCUUGGUAUACAGUCAUAGCUUCUUAUGCUAUGGAAAAUCUGAAUUUCAAAGGCGUUUAAUGACUUCAAUAGCAGCCAGAUCAAAGAAAACGUUUGAAAUCCCUAAUCCUUGUCUUCUACGAGGUUACAAAACGGAAAAGUAUAAUGCAAGUGAUUGGUUCACUGGAAGUUGCAUGACAGGCAAUUAUGUGACAAAAACAUUUCACGAUGAAAUUUUUCAACCCUCUUAUAUGAAAGAAUUUUCCUUCGAGGGUACAGGUGAACCUGACGAGUGUAUUCAACAUAUGGAAAGACAUUUUAAAAAUGACUGUAAUUACUCCUUAUGUUCAUUUAACAACGUUUAUCAGCCACGUCCUUCAGGAAAAUUUUUAGCAUAUGCUGGAUUUUCAUACGUAAUGCAUUAUCUAUUCCCUGAUAGGAAUACAGGACUCACUAUGUCAGAAGUAACUUCAGCAGUUAAGGAGUUUUGUCGAAAACCAUGGAUAGAAGUAGCUAAAAUUACCGAAGAAAAUGAGUAUGAUUUUACUGGUAAAUAUUGUUUCGAUGGUUUAUACAUUGUAAUUCUGUUACAAAAGUAUGGCUUCACAACAGAUGAAUUAUGGAAAUCUAUUACAUUCAAUUCGAAGAUCAAUGGUAAAUCAGUCAGUUGGGCAUUGGGAUAUAUGCUAGAUCAAUCUGGUCAUCUUCCAAGUGAAAGUCCUAAAGUUUCACUAAACUAUUUUUAUAUACACUCGUGUGUUUGA